UCAUAAGACAACAGUUCUCCUCGGUAAUUGCGCUGGAAUGGAUGUCAUUCCUCCGGGCGUCUGAGAACGCAGCAGCUUGUGCAUCUGCCCGCAUUUCCUCAAGUUCCGGACCUCUUUCUCUCGCCGUUCCCACUUUGUGCAUGAGGCGGCUUCUCCAUCUGGACAGCGCUGAGUGGGGAAAAGCCCCCAGAUGGUCUCGGCUUGUCAGUGGAAAUUGGACUUGCUCAUAUUUCAGGAAGCGGCUCUUAUUUUUGGGGGGAGGCCCCCUGCGCAUCAGCUGUUUUUGGACUGGGACUGGAUGAUGGUCGCGCUGCAGUAGAGACUCGCCGUCCACGCGUCAGCAUCAUGAGCAGGAACUUUGUAAUUGUGACAGCACUUCAGGCAUUCACAGUCUCCCUGCUGAUGAGCCAGAAGAUCCACUCUGCUGAAGGUUUGGGCAAAAGGGUUCAGGGUGGAUCAACAGCAAAGCAGAAACAUUAUGGGACUACAGUGCCUCUUCAACUUGUUGGACUUGAAUGGAAGCCGGUGAGCCAACUCCAAUCCCAGAGUUACCCCACUUUGUUGAAGCUCCUGGUUGAAGCAGACGGCGAGCAGCUGCUCCUGAAUCUGGAGAAAAACCAGGGGCUGUUUGCGAGUAACUAUACUGAAACCCAUUACCUGGAGGACGGCAGUGCAGUCACGGGCACUUCCAACUUCACGGCACACUGCUACUACCAUGGAGAGGUGCAGGGCCAUGACAACUCUGAUGUCAGCCUGAGUACAUGUGCUGGCAUUAAGGGUUUUAUAUCUCUCGGAGACAGAUCUUAUGUGCUGGAACCGCACGCUGAUCGCUUCGAUGGGACUCACAGGAUUUACACAGCAGAGCAUCUCAACUUUGUUCCUGGCUCCUGUGGCCACCAUUUUAACAUAUCUUCUCCCACCAUACAGUCAAGCAGCAGUUCAUUCAAGGCCUUCAGAUCAAGACUUAAACGCGAUGUCCAGACAACAACCAAGUAUGUGGAGCUCAUCAUUGUGGCUGACAACAGAGAGUUCCAGAAACAAGGCAAAGACAUGGAGAAGGUCAAGCAGCGACUGGCUGAGAUUGCAAAUUAUGUGGACAAGUUUUACAGGGCUUUGAACAUUCGAGUGGCACUAGUGGGGCUUGAAGUUUGGAGCGACGUCGACAAAUGUCCGAUUACCCAAGACCCCUUCACCACCUUACACGAGUUUCUGGACUGGAGGAAAGUCAAGCUGCUGCCGCUGAAGCCGCAUGACAAUGCCCAGCUUAUUAGUGGGGUGUUUUUUCAGGGCACUACCAUUGGAAUGGCACCCAUCAUGAGCAUGUGCACAGCAGAGCAGUCGGGAGGAAUCGUCAUGGACCAUUCUGACAAUCCUCUUGGCGCUGCGGUCACUUUGGCCCACGAACUUGGGCACAACUUUGGAAUGAACCAUGACACACCAGAGAGGGGGUGCGGCUGCAGGGUGACAGUUGAUCGAGGCGGCUGCAUCAUGACUCCUUCCACUGGGUAUCCGUUCCCCACCGUUUUCAGCAGCUGCAGCAAAAAAGACCUGACGGCCAGCUUCGAGAAAGGUGUCGGCAUGUGUCUGUACAACAUGCCAGAGGUUAAAGUCCUCUACGGCGGGCAGAAAUGUGGCAACGGCUACGUGGAGGAAGGGGAGGAGUGUGACUGCGGAGAAGUGGAGGAGUGUCUAAAUCCUUGCUGUAACGCCUCAACCUGCACUCUGAAAGGGGAUGCUGUCUGUGCACAUGGGCAAUGCUGCCAAGACUGCCAGCUCAAACCAGCAGGGACUCCGUGUCGUGAAUCCAGCAACUCCUGUGAUUUGCCCGAGUUUUGCACUGGCAGCAGCCCCCACUGCCCCUCCAACGUUUACCUCCAUGAUGGCCACGCCUGCCACAGCGUGGAGGGAUACUGCUACAACGGCAUAUGCCAGACGCACGAGCAGCAAUGCAUCACACUAUGGGGCCAAGGAGCCAAGCCGGCUCCAAGCAUCUGCUUUGAAAGGGUCAACUCGGCGGGAGAUCCUUACGGCAACUGUGGCAAGGAUUCAAAAGGCUCCUUCGCCAAAUGUGAAGUGCGGGAUGCAAAAUGCGGCAAAAUCCAGUGUCAAGGAGGAGCCAACCGCCCCGUCAUCGGCACCAACGCCGUUUCCAUAGAAACAAACAUACCCUUGCAUGAGGGUGGACGGAUACUCUGCCGGGGCACUCACGUCUACUUGGGGGAUGACAUGCCAGAUCCUGGCCUGGUUCUGACUGGUACCAAAUGUGGAGAUGGAAUGAUGUGUCUUAAUCGUCAGUGCCAAAAUGUCAGUGUUUUUGGUGUGCAUGAGUGUGCAGCCAAGUGCAGCAGUCGAGGGGUGUGCAACAACAACAAGAACUGUCACUGUGAGGCUCACUGGGCGCCGCCCUUCUGUGACAAAGCAGGUUUUGGGGGGAGCCUGGAUAGCGGCCCCAUCAGGGUUGCAGAUAGCAGGAAUGUGACUGUCAGUGUCCUGGUUGUUCUCCUCACUUUGCUGGGAGCUGCUCUGAUUGUCUCCAUCAAGAGGAAAACUCUGCUGGGCCUGCUGCUUUUCAGUAAAAGGAAACCAAUUGAGAAGCUCAGAGCGGAGAACAGUGCAGUCAGCGGACCUUCAGCCCCAAACCAGCCUCCUCCGGUGAACACAUCUCCGUCUCGCCCUGCUCCGCCUCUGCCACACACCACCGCCAUCUUUAAAGUCACCUCCGUGGAUCCAGCGUCUGCGUUUGACAGCCGCCCCACAAACACCCAGUCUCCUCACCGGGGGCCAGAGGUGGGGCCUUCGUCCACAUCUUAUCCUUCUUACAGUCUGCACAGGCUCCCCCAGUGCCCCCCGGUUCACCUAAACCAUCCAAUCCCGCUGUCUCUCACCCUGUCCCUCUCCUCUGGGCUCAGACAGCCAAGGCCACCCCUGCCUCCUCCUCACCGAGCCCCCCAGCCGCACGUCCAGGCACCCAGAGGGGCGUCAUUUCGCAGCGUUGCACACCAGAACUCCUCCAGGAUGGUCGUGGACCUAGAGAAGCCCAGUCCUCCUCAAAAACCCCUGCCCGCUGAUCCAAGGAGCUCUCGUUUGGUGCAAAGCCCCUCUGCUGGACAGGGUAACAGGGGCUCCUCCUUUUCUGCCUCGUUACCUGGUGCAUCAAAACCUGCACGACCUGCCCCACAUCCCAACAGGCCGAGUCCCAAGCAUCCUCCCAUACGACCAAAGCCUUGCAUCAUUGCCAAUGUUAAAUACAGCAGCUGAGACUUUGGCUAAAAGGGACAUGUUGGUUUUACAAACACACACAAAAAACUUUGCACUAUAAAAACUCUGAAGACCUUAAGAAAAGUGACGGUAUCUGUGAGGUUUUCCAUGUCCCUUUGGUGCUCUGUCUCUAAACGGUGCUACAAGUCUGCGCUCAGGUACAUGUAAAGUAUUUAUAUUCUGUAUUUAUUACCACCCAGUGCACUGUGCCAGACACUUUUUCCACAUGGUAGCAUUUUAAUUUUUUUUUUUUUUCACAUAGAUGGAUAAUUGCAAUGUGAGUAACAGAAGGAAGGAAAUUGUAAAAUUGCAAAAGUUCCUGUAAACGUUUUUAAACAAAGGGAGUUCAUUGCAAUGUUAAGGAUCUGUUUUACAGGGAAAAGUGAAGAGAGUGUUGUGCAAUGGCCGACGAAGGGUUGUGUCUGUAGCAUCUUCAAACUGGUCUGGCAAGACUUGAAACAGCCGCACGGAAGCAGGAGAUGAUGGUCGCGAGGAAGCGCAGGCGGCUGUUGGUGAUCUCUAACUAAUCCUCAAGUGGCCAGCCUGUCUGCACUUCAUAUCUAACAGGAAGUUUAACGAUGAGAGGUUGUUGAUUUUCAAAAUAAUACGAUUGUCUUAAAGAUCUGAACUUUGACGUGCAGAUCAAAAAUGUAUGAUGUUUGGGGCACCAAAAAAAUAACAAUAAAUGAAUACAUUUUUGAGGAUAAAGUCAUAGCAUUAAGAGAAAAAAAUGUCAUAAUUUUUAAAUAAUAAAGUUGUAAAAUUAUAAGAAAAAGGUAGUAAUUUUAUAAAAAAUAAAGACAAAAAAUUAUGAGAACUUUUGUAAUUUUUUUAGAAUAAAGUGGUAAAAUUAUGAGAAAAAAGUUGUAAUUUUAUGAGAAUAGUCAUAAAAUUAUGAGAAAAAAUGUUAUAAUUUAACAAUAAUAAAGUCAUAAAAUUAUGAAAAAAUGUCAUAAAAUUUGCAAGAAAAAAGUCUUAAAAUUAUGAGAAAAAGGUUGGACCUCUGCAACUAUAGUCCCGACAGCAUAAACGCCGCGUCCGCCAGAAAUCCGCUCCUUGUGGGUCAAGAAUCUUCAUCUGAAAAAGGCCCAGUUACCUGAAAAUUCCUUUUCAAAUAAAACAAUCCUGACUCACUAAAAGACUUAGGAUUUCCUUAUUUGUGAAACCAAUGCUGAAGAAACUGCUUAAAAAGUGCUCUAUGUCUCUCAUUCUAAAAGGCAAUAUUGGCUCUCUUGUUGUUGUUUCUAACUUACCGGUACUUUUUGCCUCAUAAAUUUAUAGCUUUAAUCUUGUAAAUUAUUAACUUAUAACUUAUGAAUAUAUAACUCUUUUAUUGUUAAAUAUUGACCCUUUUCCUCAUAAUUCUACAAGUUUGUUAUCAUAGCAUUUUUUUUUCAUAAUUUUAGGAAUUUAUUCUUGUAAAUGUAUUAACUUUUUUAAUUUUAUGGUGGCCCUUAAUACUCCAUCAUAAAAAUGAGCCAGAUAUAUGUGGCUGGAUGGUAAACUCCUUUAAACACUUUUGAAGGAUUUUCUUUCCAGCAUCAUAGACUUUGGGUUCACUGACGUCUGCAUGGAAACAUUUCUUACAUGUGUUUGAAGAUGGAUUUUUAUCUUUUUUUAAUGAUACUUAACUGAACUUGAAACUGACACGUUUUGUCGUCCGAGCCGCCAGACAUCUGCUGCUUUACAGCCAACCCUUCAUUUUAUCUGAAUGUGUUCUCCAGUCGUUAAAAUCACUUUAGUUUGGGUUACAAAACUCAUAAAUCCAGUAGAAAGUAACUUCUGCUGGAUUGCAGACACAUUUUAACAUUCAGCAACACCUCCUGCAGACGCAUCUACUCUCCACGAGUGUUUAGGUUGAUAUGAAGGACUUUUGUUACUUUUGAUACUCUCAUCUUUAUUAUAAUGCACUAGCUUUGUUUACUUUGCCUUUUUAAUUCUGUGUCUGAAUGUGAUGAUGCACAGCAGCUGGAGUUAGUCGCAUCUUUGAAUGUUUCUUCUGUAUUUGUCUUGUGUUACAGGUGUUUUCCUAAAUCAGUGCGUCCUCGUCUUUUAUUGUUUUUUUUUUUACAAAGGACUCUGUGAUGCCACAUGUGUACAAAAAAAAGUCAAGUGUCAAUGUGAAGUUGUGGGCUUUUUUUAAUGCACAAGUAUUAGUAAAAAUCUUUGAAACACAA